CGACAACCAGAGGCUCAAACCAUCACCGCUCAGCGAGCAAGCAGCGAAUCUGCAAACCUGUACACACGCUCUUUCACUGUCCGCGACAAAACCCUUUCCAAGUGUAUCUGCGUACUCAUAGAACGAUGGCGCCUCGAGGCUUUACCAAUCCCACUCCUAAGACCGAAUCUGCGCGUUCCGCUCUGAGCUCCUUCACCUGCACGCUCUGCAACAAGUCUUACUCUCGCCAUCCAGAAUACGAGGCCCAUAUUUCUUCUUAUGACCAUCAACACCGCAAGCGUCUCCAAGACCUCAAGCAGUUAUCCCGGGACCCCAAUGCCGCCGAGAAGGCCAGAAGAGCCGAACGGAAGGCCGACGCCGAGGCCGGGUUAAGAGUCAUCGACACACCCAAGGCUGCAUCAGUAUCUACUACGGGAACGGGCUCUGGAGCAGGUGGAAGUACAGGGGGCGGGGGAGGGUUUAAAAAGGGAGGGUUCAAAAGUUCCUUCACCACUGUGAAAGGACCUGUGGCUCCUGCAGCUCCCACGAAGAAAAACGUCCUAGGCGGUGACGAUGAUGACAACGAAAUUCCAGAAGCAGAUGAUGCGAGUCUGCGGCGCGCUCGGAGCCAAUCGACGAAACGCGAAAAUAUGCAGGUUGAUCAGGCGGAGAGCGAUACUGAUGAAGAGUACGACCGGGAUGGGGGUGUGAAUGGGGUGUAUUACAAUCCUCGAAAUCCUACCGGUUGUUCCCCUGCGUGUGCUGGUGCUAGGAACGUUCCUCUAGAGACUUCUUUUGUCUGAAACGAGCAUCAUGCGGAGCACAGUACGGAUGUGGCGAUCACACCGACUAUGUACUGUGACGUCAAAUGGCCGAUCACUAUCCAAGUUUCCUUCCCUAAUGACUUGAUGAGUCCAAUACGUAUGUGGAUGAUGCUAUCCAGAAACGAGACAUUGCAGGCAUGGAGGUGGUUUCUCAACCGUCUCUCUCCUUAGCCCGAGGGUCGAUGAUCUGAUAAUAGCAACGGCACCGGAGGAGCAGGCCCGAAUUCACCGCGGGCUCGUUUGUGGUGGCACACGCCAAUAGGAACAAAACCAGAUGCGAUGAGAACACGCUACGGAGAAUACAACCAUGCCCGAGCACAUUAGCUUCUAAAAAUGCAGAAUAACGUUGAUUGUGUUGUAUAGUCGUACAAAAUCCAAGGAAGUAGGAGAGCGAGGUAAUAUGAGG